AUGGUACUUGCCCAAGCUGAAUUUGCUUUUAACAAUAUGAAGAAUAGAACUACAGGUAAAUGCCUCUCUGAGAUCGUGUAUACCAAGGCAUUGAGGCUUACAUUUGACCUAACUAGCCUUCCUAAAGAAGUAAAAAUCCAAGAAGAAGCUGAAAGACUACAAAAGCUCCACACCGGAGUCAGUGAUCUCAUCACUAAGACUACCGAAUCCUACAAAGAAGAGAAGAAUGAGACGAGAAAGGAGGUUCAUUUCCAAGUUGAAGAUUUUGUAAUGGCCCAUUUGAAGAAGAAUAGGUUCCUAAUUGGAACUUAUGGAAAGCUGAAAGAUAAACAAAUUGGCCCAUGUAGAAUACUUGCUAAAUAUGAGCCAAAUGCCGACAAGAUUAAACUACCUGAAGGAUUCAACAUCAGCCCAAUUUUCAAUGUAACAGACCUUAGAAGCUACAAUGCAUCAGAUGGGUUCCAACUCUCUUGA